UACCCACCGCUAAAACUGAGCAGUAUCGAUCCAGGUCCAGUGGUAGACAGUGAUUGCUUUUCCGUAAAAAGUUUAAGUUGUUUUUGAAAAUGUCAUUUCAGAGAUUACUAUGUAGGUCAGAUACUUUUCUCAAAGGCAAAUUUAUAUUAUCAAGACCUCAGGGAUAUAUUUGUAUUCGUCAUGGUAAGGAAUGCAACAGCUCUCAAUUCUCAACCUCCCAGUCAUGGAGUGCAUGUUUUUAUACAGACCCCAUAAAGGCAAUCAGAGACAUUCCAGAUGGCUCAACGCUUCUUGUCGGAGGAUUUGGUUUGUGUGGGAUCCCAGAGAAUUUAAUCAGUGGUCUGUUGAAAACAGGAGUAAAAGGCAUCACGGCUGUGAGCAACAAUGCUGGGGUUGAUAACUUUGGCCUGGGUUUGCUUCUGAAAUCCAAGCAGAUAAAACGAAUGAUCUCAUCAUAUGUUGGGGAAAAUGCGGAGUUUGAGAGGCAAUAUCUAUCAGGCGAGCUGGAAGUAGAGCUAACUCCUCAGGGCACACUGGCAGAGAGGAUACGAGCUGGUGGUGCAGGCAUCCCAGCAUUCUUCACUCCCACCGGGUACGGCACUCUCAUCCAGGAGGGCGGCUCACCCAUAAAAUAUAACAAAGAUGGCAGCAUUGCCAUCGCUAGUGAGAGCCGAGAGGUUCAAGAGUUCUGUGGCAGAUAUUAUGUUAUGGAAAAAGCCAUCACUGGUGACUUUGCUUUGAUAAAGGCCUGGAAAUGUGACAACGCAGGGAAUCUUGUUUUCAGGAAAACUGCCCGAAACUUCAACCAGCCCAUGUGUAAAGCAGCCAAAGUCACAAUAGUGGAGGUUGAGGAGAUUGUUGAUACUGGAAGUUUUGCUGCUGAAGACAUUCACGUCCCCAGCAUUUAUGUAGACAGGAUAGUAAAAGGAGCCAGCUAUGAAAAACGAAUUGAGAAAAGGAGGGUUCAGUCCAACCAGGCAGAGAAGCCUAAAAUCAAGCAUGAAACAGAUCUAACCCGUGAGAGGAUCAUCCGGCGAGCUGCCCUCGAAUUUGAGGAUGGGAUGUAUGCAAAUCUUGGUAUUGGAAUCCCCAUGCUGGCCAGCAAUUACAUAAGCUCUAAAAUCACAGUCCACUUGCAGAGUGAGAAUGGAAUUUUAGGACUGGGUCCUUAUCCCACAGAGAGAGACGUGGAUCCUGAUUUAAUCAAUGCUGGAAAGGAGACAGUUACUGUGUAUCCAGGAGCUGCCUACUUCUCCAGUGAUGAGUCCUUUGCCAUGAUCAGAGGUGGUCACAUUGACCUAACCAUGCUGGGAGCAAUGCAGGUGUCAAAGUAUGGAGAUCUGGCCAACUGGAUGAUCCCAGGUAAAAUGGUAAAGGGCAUGGGUGGAGCCAUGGACUUGGUAUCUAGUGCUGCCACAAAAGUAGUCGUCACUAUGGAACAUUCUGCCAAGGCUGGAAAACAUAAAAUUCUGGAGAAGUGCACACUCCCUCUGACUGGAAAACAAUGUGUUGAUCGUAUAAUCACUGAAAAGGCAGUGUUUGAUGUAGAUAAGAGUAAGGGUUUAACUCUCAUUGAGAUUUGGGAAGGGCUGACCCCAGAUGACAUCAGAGCAUGCACUGGGACAGAGUUUCAGGUAUCCAAACACUUAAAACCAAUGCAGCAGAUAUGAGGACAUUCAGAGGAUUUAAAGUGCCAGUGUUUAGCCAGUAGCCUAUGCAACUACAGGACCAGAGAUGAGGAGGAUGGAUGACUGGACCGAGUUGAUUUCAACAUUUCAUGCAAACUAUUAGGUGGGAUGUGGCAAAGGAACAGUGCAUGAACUCUAAGUUAAUAGAUACAUGUCUCUCUUCAUCAUGUUAAUUUAGACUGAUAUCCUUAUAGACCUUGCAGUCUAAAUGUAGGAUGCUAGAACACUUAGGAUAUGUAAUCUUUUAAGGUUAAUUGCCUAGCAAUAUUGUAAUGAAUUUUAAAUUACAUUGUCAUUUUGACAAAAGUUUGGCUUAAGAAAAAAAAAUCAUCAAUGCUGUAUUUUAUUGCUUAGUGCAUUCAGUGUACCCAGUUUUGCAGAUGUACAGCACAAAUAUAUUGAUCAAAUUUUUUUAUUGGUUGAUUCUAAAGUGAGCUUCAAUGUUGCGCUAAAUAACAAGUACUUGCAUUGAUUUGACUCCUCUUUUAAAAUGUAUGUCAUUUGAAA